AUGAGCACCAGCAGCACGGGGACAAGUACAAGCACCAUCAAACCAUUCAAAAUCUCCGUCCCUGAAUCCCAACUCGAAACCCUUCGACAAAAACUCCACCUCGCAACCUUUCCCGAUGAACUCGAGCAUGAUGGUGAUGGCGAAAAUGGCAACGCCUCUGCAGACUGGAGCAUGGGGGCUCCCCUCGCCGAAAUCAAACGACUGACAGCGUACUGGAAGGAGUCGUUCGACUGGCGCAAGACGGAGCGCGAGCUGAACGAGCGUCUGCCGCAGUUUGUCACCACCGUUCCGGUAGCUGGGUUCGGCGAGUUGGAGAUUCACUUUGUGUAUCAGAAGAGUAAGGCGACGGGCAAGAAGACGAUUCCCUUGCUGUUUCUGCAUGGAUGGCCUGGCAGCUUUAUCGAGGUCAUGAAACUGCUCCCCCUGUUGACACAGGAGGAUGGGGAUGAGAGUCAACCUACCUUUGAUGUGGUAGCACCUUCGUUGCCCAACUUUGGUUUCUCAGAAGGUGUAAAGAAGGCAUGUCUCUUUCUUUGUUCCUUAGGUUUUAAAGGGUUUGGACUGGUCCAAUAUGCCGAAGCCAUGCACGCUGUGAUGACGACGCUCGGGUACCCAGAGUAUGUGUUGCAAGGGGGAGACUGGGGAGCCAUUAUCGCUCGCGCCAUGGCCAAGCUCUAUCCGGAUCACGUCAAGGCUGCUCAUUUGAACUUCAUCCCCCAGGUGCCCCCUUACCCAUGGAGAAACCCGAUCCUGUUCCUUCAGUCGCUUCUCACGCUGCCCUUCUCCCGUAAGGACCGGGCCAAGCUGGCCGUUACCCAGGACUAUCUCGCCGAGGGAAGUGGCUACAUGAAGCAGCAGGACACGCGACCUCAGACACUCGGAUACGGUCUGCAUGACAGUCCAGUCGGCCUGCUCGCCUGGAUUUACGAGAAGCUACACGCCUGGACGGACUCGUACCCGUGGACGGAUGAUGAGAUCCUGUCGUGGGUCUGUAUCUAUCUCUUCUCGCGCGCGGGUCCAGCGGCCUCACUGCGGAUUUAUUACGAGUCGACGCACCCGUCCAAGUCUCUGCCCGGGGCCAUGUCGCGUACUGACGUGCUCUCAAGCUAUGCACCCUCUCAGGUCAAAUUUGCCGUGGCCCAUUUCCCGCGAGAGAUUCUCAUUCUCCCCAUGAUCUGGAACCGGGCAAUCGGGAACGUGGUCCGAGAGACGGAUCUAGAGAAGGGAGGCCACUUUGCAGCAUGGGAAGUGCCGGAGAUCCUAGCCAGAGAUCUGAAGGCAUUUCUGGGGAGGGACGGAGGGCAGGCAUACGGGGUCGUGACCGGACGGGAUGGUUAUUGA